CCUAUUCUCGUUAAAAGUCGCCUGUUUGUUGCUCCGAGUACAGCCAGAAAGACCGCGGAGUGUUCUUUCAGUCGGAGCAAUGCGCUCCGUGAAGACACAUGUUCGGAUCUUCAUUUCCUUUCACGCCAAACGCAGCGCAAGUUCGCUCCUGUCUGUACUUUGACAUCGAUGUUUUUGGGAGAGGAGGAGUAGCAGCAGGGUUUCGGGUUGCCUCUUCACAACGCUGGAUUGCUUAUAGAGCUCUUUUUCUUGCACCUUAACCACCUCGCUUUCGUUGCUUCUCGCCACACACAGAGGGUUUUGUCGUUUUGGGUGCACAAACUGAACCGGGAGCCGCCUUGAGGACUCGCAGCACAGUGUGGGAACGGUGAAGACUUGUUGCGCGCAUCCGGGGAGCGCACGAGUCCGGGUUUCAUCCAGCUGUAUACCUGCGUGCGGAGCUUUGAUUUCGGCACAGAGACGUUCAGUGAAGCGGGGAAGAGCUGUGAGUCUCAGAUUAGACUCCCAGCCUGAAGUCAGUACGGCUCGAUGCGCUUUGGGAAUCUGUUCUUCAUUACCCAAAUUGGGGUGAUUAGUUUCCUCCAGUCCGUUUGUCAGAGCUGCUGAUGCUCCAGGAAACCGAGAACCCGUUUCUCCUGCUUUAAAUGGAACCAACACACAGCAGAGUCAAACUUCAUUCAAGUCACACCCUCUCGAGUUGAUUAUUUUUCCUCUCCACGUGUCUUUUCUCUCCUUGUUGUUCACGAUGUCUGAGCGCGAUGGAUAUGGAGACAGCGACGCAGCGCCGGACUGCAUUCCGCCGAGGGCGUCCCGAGGUCGGCGGAGCGGAGUCAUACUCCCCGGUGGCGGCCAGGACACCGACACCAUCCUGCUGGAGUCGGUGAAGGCAGCACCUCGCCGGAGCAGCAUCAUCAAGGAUCCGUCUGUGCAGAAGAUGGGUGGCGGCAGGAAGAAGACUGUGUCGUUCAGCAGCAUGCCGUCUGAGAAGAAGGUGAGCAGCGCGGCGGACUGCUUGGCGUUCAUGCAGGGCGGCUGUGAGCUGAAGAAGAUCCGUCCCAACUCGCGGGUUUACUGUCGUUUCUACACGCUGGAUCCCGACCUGAGCUGUCUGCGCUGGGAGCCGUCGAAGAAGGACGGGGACCGAGCUCGCCUCGACGUCUCCAGCAUCCGAGAGGUCCGCACGGGGAAGAGCACCGAGACGUUCCUCCAUAACGGACCUCUGUCUGAACACCUGGCGGAGGAGGCCGCCUUCUCUGUCAUUCACGGGGACGAAUACCAGUCUCUGGACUUGGUGGCGUUGUCAGCAGAUGUAGCCAACAUCUGGGUGACCGGACUCCGCUACCUGUUGGCCCACCCGUCUGUCAUCGGGGGAGCCGGAGGAGGAGGAGGAGGUGGAGGGGGAGGAGUUCUGGGUGAAGGAGGUUUUGCGGUUGAAGGAAGUCUGGGGAGUAAGAUGAGGAGUGAGUGGCUGGCUGCAGAGUUCGCCCAGGUGGAUGAAUCUGGAAACAGCAUCGUGUCGGAGGACGUGGCGGUCGCUACGAUCUGUAAACUGAAUCCUGGGAUCAAGGAGGCGAAGGUGCGUCUGCGUUUCAAAGAGAUCCAGCGCAGUAAGGAGAAGCUGACCUCUCAUGUUACUCUCGAGGAGUUUCAGGAGGCGUACUGCGAGCUCUGCACGCGGCCGGACGUUUACUUCCUACUGGUUCAGCUGUCCAAGGACCGCGAGUGUCUGGACCCGCAGGACCUCAGGCUCUUCCUGGAGACGGAGCAGGGUCUGUCUCUGGCGGCGACCGAGGGCUGCUGGGAGCUGCUGAAGAGGUGUGAGCCCUCCGCUCAGGGGAAAGAGAGAGGCCUGCUGGGAUUGGACGGCUUCGCUCGAUACCUGCAGUCUCCUGAGUGUCAGCUGCUCGACCCCGAGCACCUGGGAGUCUGUCAGGAUAUGAACAUGCCUCUGUCCCACUACUACAUCAGCACGUCGUACCGCUCCUACCUGCUGGACGAUCAGGUUCACGGCAGAGCGGAUCUCGGCGGUCUGAUCAGAGCUCUGCAGUCGGGCUGCCGCUGCAUGGAGCUCGGAGUGACCGACGGCCCCGAGGGGGAGCCUCUCCUCGGGGUGGACUAUGGACCAGACAUCCCCCGCCAUCACCACCAUCACCACCAUCACCACCACGCCCCCGUCACCAUCCGCUCCGCUCUGGAGGUCGUGAAUAAAUACGCCUUCCUGACCUCGCAGUACCCGCUCCUGAUCUACCUGUGUCAGCGCUGCUCUCCGGGACAGCAGCGCACGAUGGCGCAGCAUUUAAAGAAAGUGUUUGGCUCCCGUCUUUACACGCCAGAGGCACUUCCUGUCAGCCUGGGGGGCCGAGCCACGACCUUACCGUCCCCCGAGCAGCUGAAGGGACGCAUACUCAUCGUGGGGAAGAAACUCCCUCCAGAGCAGGACGGAUCGGACGGGGAGGUGUCUGAGGAGGAUGAGGAGAUCGGAGGAGGUGGGCCUCUGGCGGGUCGGAGGAUGACUAUCCCCGGUGAGGAAGAACUGGGCGUGGUCUUGGUGGUGCCUCCGCCUUCUCAGCCAAGGAAGCUCCGCCUCCAUAAAGACCUUUCCGAUCUAGUGGCGAUCGCUCGUACGGGCAGCAGAAGCUUCUACGCCCAGAGAGCGAGUCACAAACUAUCGCAGCAGCAUUCCCCUCCCAGCAGCCCCUCCUCCCCCAGCACGCCAAUUCCUCCCGACCCGCCUUAUUGGACGCUGUGCUCACUCGGGGAGGGAGAGGGGGGGCGGCUGACGACAGAAAGCCCAGAGGACCUUGUAAUGUUCACGAAGCGCACUCUGACGCGGGUACGACCCAGCUCGGUGCGUCUGGACUCCAGCAACCCCAACCCUCAAGGGUACUGGAAGGGCGGGGUCCAGCUCGUGGCCUUGAACCAGCAGACCCCCGGCGCCAUGCUGGACCUUCACAGAGGUCGCUUCCUGCAGAACGGAGGGUGUGGUUACGUUCUCCGGCCGGCCGUGAUGAGGGACGAGGUGUCGUAUUUCAGUGCUCACACGCAGGGAUGUGUGCCGGGAGUGCCAGCGCAGACCCUGAGGAUAAAGGUGAUCAGUGCACACAACCUGCCGAAGCCUCAGGGUUCAGGGGCAAAGGGGGAGGUCAUCGACCCGUACGUGGUUCUGGAGCUGCACGGCGUUCCGGCGGACUGUGCUGAACAGAGAACACGCACUGCUGCUCAGAACCAGGACGACCCGCUGUUUGACGAGACCUUCGAGUUUCAGGUGAACAUGCCGGAGCUGGCCCUGCUGCGCUUCGUGGUUCUAGACGACGACUACAUCGGAGACGACUUCAUCGGCCAGUACAGCGUGGCCUUCGAGUGCCUUCAGCCCGGCUACCGUAACGUGCCCCUGCUGGGCCUGGCGGGAGACCCCGUACCACACACCAGCCUCUUCGUCCACGUGGCGAUCACCAAUCGACGAGGAGGCGGCAAGGCUCAUCGGAGGGGUCUGUCGGUGAGGAGGGUCGGGAGGAGAGGGAGGGAGUACGUCUCGCUGAGACACACCGGCAUCAAGGUGGUCGACGAGACGUUCAAACCGGCCAGCGCCCCGCUUAAAGAGGCGACUGACCUGCGGGAGGAGGCUCAGAGCACGACGGCCAGCUUCAAGGAGCAGUGUGGGCUCCCCACGGUGGCCAAACUGAAGCAGUGCAUCCAGAGCCUGACCACGAGGCUGCAGAGUCCCGAGGGCCCGAUGGGGGCCACUAUGGUGCUGAGGGACGGGUACCCGUGUCUGGAGGCUCUGGUCAACCUCUCCGAGCCGACGCGUAAACUGCUCGCUGCCUACGACACGAUGAUUGCAGCUCAGAAACAGCUCAUUGAGAACGCAGAUGGUGUUCAGGAGAGGAUCGCCCAGGUGCAGAGAGAAGGGAUGGACUUUCAUGAAGAGCUGUCCCGGCUCGGGGAGAAGGAAGGACUGAAGGGACGCAAACAAAGUAAAGCUGUGGAGAGUUUCACCUGGAACAUCACCGUGCUGAAGGGUCAGAGCGAUCUUUUACGGGGCGCUAAGAUGGAUUCUCUGGACGCUCUGAGGCAGCUAGCUCUGGCGUGUGAAGCCUGUGGUCUCACCUCCUCCAACUCCUCGUCCUCCACCUUCUCCAGCGCCGAGCUGCACUACACCUCCCACCCUCUGUCAGGACGCCGGAGCAGCACGCAUGGAAACGGACGCAUCUGACACCCCCCUACAACCCCUGCCCCCCG